UUUGCCUUUUGUUUUCCUACUGCUGCUCUGAGCUAUGCCUAAAGUAGUUUCCCGGUCCGUAGUCUGCUCCGACACCCGGGACCGGGAGGAGUAUGACGACGGCGAGAAGCCCCUUCACGUCUACUACUGUUUAUGCGGCCAGAUGGUCCUGGUGCUGGACUGUCAGUUGGAGAAAUUGCCCAUGAGGCCCCGGGAUCGGUCCCGUGUGAUUGAUGCUGCCAAACACGCCCACAAGUUUUGUAACACAGAAGACGAGGAGACUAUGUAUCUUCGGAGGCCUGAAGGCAUUGAACGACAGUACAGGAAGAAAUGUGCAAAGUGCGGGCUGCCACUCUUCUACCAGUCCCAACCGAAGAAUGCUCCUGUGACCUUCAUUGUGGAUGGAGCAGUAGUCAAGUUUGGCCAGGGUUUUGGGAAGACGAACAUAUAUACUCAGAAACAAGAGCCUCCUAAGAAGGUGAUGAUGACGAAACGGACUAAAGACAUGGGCAAGUUCAGCUCUGUCACUGUGUCUACUAUUGAUGAAGAGGAAGAGGAGAUUGAGGCUAGAGAAGUUGCUGACUCGUAUGCGCAGAAUGCCAAGGUGAUUGAAAAGCAGCUGGAGCGCAAAGGCAUGAGCAAGAGGCGGCUGCAGGAGCUGGCUGAACUGGAAGCCAAGAAAGCGAAAAUGAAGGGAACCUUGAUUGACAACCAGUUCAAAUGAUCAGGACCUUUCUGUGAACCCAGACUGGAGACAGGCAUUGAGAUCAGGAAGAAAAAGAGCGUUUUCUUGACUACAUGGACUGGUUCCUACCUUUAUGCCCCAGCAGAAGGCUUUACGUGGCUUCCCAGUGAUUCUCCUACAUUCGGUGAGGUCUUUGAGUCCAUCUGACCUGCUUUCUAGAGAUGGAUUUUUCUCAAUCUUUCUGAGUAUAGGUCUUCUGUACUAUUUUUUGUCCAUUUGAAGUAAACUUCUUCAUCUGUGUAGAAGCUCUGUGAAUAGAUCAGUGCUUCAGUGUGUCUAGUUUCUAAAGGAGCUAUUCUUAUUCCUUCUUCAAAGUUAAUAAAAUGUUUAAAGAUUUUUGAAAAAAAUAUGAUGUCAUAGAAAAAAGUAACACGAAUUACAUUUAAUGUUACAGCAAGCCAGAUGCUUUUAAGUGGCUCUGUCUCUGUUCUUAGACUGGCAGGUAUUGGCUAGGGUUUGAAUCUCUCUACUGUCAGAGAAAAUCCAUAACAAGCCAGAAUCUGCAUAAAGUUUCCUUUACCUCAAAUGUUAAAACUCUAGGCACACCAACCCUUAUCAGAUGUUGUACAUACAGAAGGAAAAGCCAGAUUCAAGUGAGGGGGUAGAAUAGCUCUGAUCCGAAUGAAAAUGGGGUCUUGGUAAGCAACCCAAGGGAGCUACCAUCCUGUCAAGCAGCUAAGAGCCCUUAGUAACCUCUAUUCUAUUUUCUGUCUCUAUGAAUUUGCCUAUUCUAGGUACCUCGUGUGAGUGGAAUCUACAAUAUUUGUCCUUCUAUGUCUGGCUUAUUUCACUAAACGUAGUGUUUUCAAGGUUCAUCCAUGUUAUAGCAUGUAACAAAAUGCCAUUCCUUUUUUGGCUUAGUAAAUCCCACUGUGUGUAUAUACCAUAUUUUGUUAUUCAUCGGUUGAUUGACAC